UUGGAACCCUUUGAACGUCACAUUGGGGCCGAGCUGUCAUCUGAGAGCUGUUGACUGUGGUGUUGGUACGAAGUGUAUAAGCACUGUUGCCUUUUUUAUACGCUUGGACAAACAAACGCACAAAAACAAGGGAGCUGUCUGUCUUUGCCUUUGCGGGGAAGCAGUUUGGUGCCAGUAGAUUUUUCCUCUGCGCCAACUCGACUCAAGAUGAUGCUGGGCAGGCACUGGAUGUGGCGGAUGCUGCUCCUCUCUGCUCUGGCUGUGGCUGUAGCAAUGGCUCACGAGCAGGCCAAUGUUGAUGAGGAUGAAGAAAUUGGCUUAGACGAAGAGGAAAUGGAGGCUCUCAUCACUGAGGAGGAGGAGGAAGAUGAGGAGGAGGCGAAUGCAAGACAUUUUGAUGAACCAGAGCAGAAAAGCACAGCCAGUGACAAGGUCUCCUUCGAAGUAACAUACAAGACGCCUGUGCCGACUGGAGAUGUUCACUUUGCAGAGACGUUUGACGAUGGCUCACUUGACAGAUGGCAGUUGUCAAAAACAGUGAAAGGAGAUGCUGAUGAUGACAUCGCCAAAUAUGACGGAAGGUGGUUGGUGGAGCAGCUGAAGGAGAACAAGGUUCCAGGAGACCAAGGCCUCGUGCUCAAGUCCCGGGCCAGGCACCAUGCCAUUGCCGCUAUGCUAGACAAGCCCUUCAUUUUUGAGGAUGAACCUCUAGUUGUACAAUAUGAAGUUAAUUUCCAGAAUGGAAUUGACUGUGGUGGGGCCUACAUUAAACUGCUUUCAGACACCAGGGAUGUCAAUCUGGAGCAAUUCAAUGAUCGCACACCCUACACCAUCAUGUUUGGACCUGACAAGUGUGGUGAGGACUACAAGCUGCACUUUAUCUUCCAUCAUCGGAAUCCCUUAAAUAAAGACUCUGAGGAAAAGCACGCCAAGCGGGCUGAUGUGGACCUGAAGAAGUUCUACACAGAUAGGAAGACCCACCUCUACACUUUGGUCCUCAAACCAGACAACAGCUAUGAGAUAUUCAUUGACCAAUCCAGCGUGAAUCGUGGCAGCCUGUUGCAUGACGUGGUCCCGCCAGUCAACCCACCCAAAGAGAUUGACGAUCCCAAUGACUCCAAGCCGGAGGACUGGGACGAGAGGGCCAAGAUCCCUGACCCUGAGGCCGUCAAGCCCGAUGACUGGGAUGAGGAUGCGCCUGCAAAGAUUGAAGACCCAGAUGCAGUGCGGCCCGAGAGCUGGCUGGAGGAGGAACCGGAAUUUAUCCCUGAGCCGGAUUCUGAGAAACCAGAAGACUGGGACGUUGAGAUGGAUGGAGAAUGGGAGGCUCCACAGAUCCCCAACCCAGCCUGUGAGGGCGCGCCAGGCUGUGGGCCAUGGAAGCGCCCCAUGAUUAAUAACCCUCAGUACCAGGGCAAGUGGAAAGCCCCACUGGUGGAUAACCCCAACUAUCAGGGGGUCUGGAAGCCUCGGAAAAUUGACAACCCUGAAUACUUUGAGGACCUGCAGCCGUUCAGAAUGACGCCAUUCAAAGCCGUGGGCUUAGAGUUGUGGUCCAUGACUUCAGAUAUCUACUUCGACAAUUUCAUUAUCACCUCUCACAAGGAAGUGGCCGACCGCUGGGCCUCUGACAGCUGGGGCCUGAAGAAACUUGUGGCCAGUGCCAACGAGCCUGGAGUUUUUGCUCAGCUGAUGAUAGCAGCCGAGGAGCGUCCGUGGCUUUGGGUGGUCUACAUCCUGACAGUCGGUCUGCCUGUAGGACUUGUUGUGCUCUUCUGCUGGCCAAAGAAACCAGAUGACUACGUGUACAAGAAAGUGGAUGUGCCCCAAGCUGUCGUAGACGAAGAGGAGGAGGAUGAGGAGGAAGUGGAGGCGGUGGAGGAAGAGGAGGAAGAGGCUGUGGCAGCAGACAAGGAAGACAAAGAUAGCGAGCCUGCAGAAGAUGAAGCAGCUGCAGCUAUGGAAGAAGCCGAGGAGGACGUCGAUGCAAGCCUUUUAAGAGGGGACCAUCCAGAUAUGGAUGAUGAGAAUGUUGAUGGUGAGGAAGAAGAGGAGCAAGAAGAAGAAGAAGAAGAAGAGGAGGAGGAGGAAAGCAAAGCUGGGAGAACAUUAGAAGAGCAGGUGGAAGGAGGCGGCGACGCUGUGGAGAACAAACAAGCGGUGAGAAAGAGGAGAGUACGGAAAGACUGAGGCCACGUCCGUAGCCGCCGUCUCCCAUCUCCGCUGACAGGGAUGUGUUGGAAGGGCGCCUUCUCUGCUCUUCUUGAGUGAGCCGAGCAGAAGAAAAGUUGCAUUUCCUCCAAUCGCCCGGUAAGCCUGCAGUCACCACGACUGGCCCCGCCCAUGUCUCCCUCAUCCUCCAGCGACAGUACCGCUCUGCAGCCUCCUCUGCUUUCUGCACGCUUGCCUUUCAGAUGCAUCGCCAGAGGAUUUUGUUUUUGUCUUCUCUUCAUUGUUUCCAACACUUGUAUGACGUCUCUGCUCCUUUUCGCCAUCAAAUCACGGCUCCCUCCGUCUGUGUCCUCUGGAGCGAAGGCCGUGAACAGCAUCCGGACUGUCAGCUUUUGCUUUCAAGAACACGUCUAAAGACAUGUUGUGACUUAAGUUAACUUCCUUGGUGGGUUUUUACUCUUUGGAAGAGGCCAGAUGGAGAUGACGCCAUGUCUACGCAUCGUGUGCACAUUGCUUAAGUUUUGGUUUGCAAAGGUUAUUUAUUUACACGUUAGUGUUUUUAUGUGUAAUCAUUUACACCAGUGGUUCCUAACCUUUAUUGAGUUAAGGCACAUCUUUUUUUUAUGACAAAAGGCAUGCCGUGACAUUCUGAACUGGUUCAUGAUACGUACCUACUGCUAUCUAGUGGAGGAACAUUUAACUGUUCUGCCUUUCACUGGAGUCGCUAGAUGAUUAUUUGUGGUAAGUAAAACAUUUUUGGCAAGUGAGUAAAAUGCUGUGGCACAUUGGUUUGGGAAUCGUAGUAGAAAUGUUCUGACGGUGUAUUUGAAGCACUUAAGGGCCACACAAGACAACUUGUAAAAUAUCCACUGAUGAACCCAAA